AAUUGGCAAACCCACCAAGUGUUGACAUUAAUCAAGAAGGUGAAUUUGUCAGUUCUCAGGAACUGCCUUUCAUGGAGUUGGCUACUAUAAUGGCAGCCACAGACAACUUCUCUGAUUCAAAUAAGCUCGGACAAGGUGGGUUCGGCACUGUUUACAAGGGUGUCUUGUCUGAUGGCAAGGAAAUAGCAGUUAAAAGACUAUCGAGGAAAUCAUGGCAAGGAUUAGAGGAGUUCAUGAAUGAAGUCAUAGUAAUUGCAAAACUUCAACACAGAAACCUUGUCAGACUUUUGGGUUGUGGCAUACAGGGAGAAGAAAAGCUGCUCAUAUAUGAAUACAUGCCUAACAAAAGCCUUGAUCUCUUCCUAUUUGAAAAUAGACAAAACAUUACCUGGAGAAAGUGUGUGCGCUUUAAUAUUAUUCGUGGCAUUGCUCGAGGACUACUUUAUUUGCACGAAGACUCAAGGCUUAAAAUCAUAUACAGGGAUCUAAAGCCUAAUAAUGUUCUAUUGGACCAAGAAAUGGUCGCUAAGAUACCAGAUUUCGGAAUGGCGAGAAUUUUUGGUGAAGACCAAAACACUGCUAACACCAAAAGAGUUGUAGGAACAUAUGGAUACAUGGCUCCAGAAUAUGCAAUGGGAGGAUUAUUCUCUAUGAAAUCUGACGUCUUUAGUUUCGGAGUAAUUUUGCUGGAGAUCAUUAGUGGGAAAAGAAACAGUGGCUUUUACCUUACGAAACAUGCUCCGACACUCCUUGCUUAUGCAUGGCGACUAUGGAAUGAAGGAAAAGAAUUGGAAUUUUUGGAUCCAUUGUUGGCGGGAUCAUGCCCCGUGACAGAAGUUGUACGAUGCAUUCAUAUCGGGCUUUUGUGUGUCCAAGAAGAUCCAGCAGAUAGGCCCAAUAUGUCAUCUGUGGUUGUUUUGUUGGGAAGUGAAUCAGCAACACUUCCUCAACCAAGACAACCUGCAGUUUCUGUUGGCAGAAUUGCUCAUAUGAAGUCAUCUUCGACCACAGAUCCUUCUGCAAAUCAGGACACUAUUUCUAGCAUAUCACCGCGAUAACUAUCGAAAGGCUGUCUCUUGCCAUGCUUAUCGUGGCAUGCUUUAGCUGUAGAUUGAAGUACUCUUUGUGCAAGUGGCUGUAGAUUAAUAGUAAGGGGAUUAACAAUAGAAGAGAUUUGUGUAGGAUUAAUAAUCCAACUAGAUUACUGGGAUAUGUAAUUUCUUCUUGUCCACGUUUGUUUUGCAAUAUAUAAAACCAUACUUGUCAUU